AAAUAAUAAUAAAUAAUAUUAUCCUCAACAACAUUAGUCGUGGAAAAAAACGACACCGUAUAGUAGCAGUAUCGUAUCAACCAACCCACCAACCAAUGCCAGCAGGUGACUCCCGAUACUCAUCGGCGCCGAUGCAAGCGGCUGACCCAGACGAAGAGGCGUCAUGGGUCUGGAACGAAAUCAAAGCCGAGGCGCGCCGCGACGCCGAAUCGGAGCCGGCGUUGGCUAGUUACUUAUACUCAACAAUACUCUCUCACUCGACUCUUGAUCGUUCACUGGCGUUUCAUCUUGGAAACAAGCUUUGUUCUUCCACUUUGCUGUCAACUCUGCUUUAUGAUCUGUUUCUUAAUACGUUUUCUGUUGACCCUGAUCUCCGGUCAGCCGCUGUUGCUGACCUACGCGCCGCCAGGUCGCGUGACCCUGCUUGUGUUUCGUUUUCGCAUUGUUUGCUUAAUUACAAAGGGUUUCUCGCUUGUCAGGCUCAUAGGGUGGCUCAUAAACUAUGGACCCAAUCCCGCAAACCACUAGCCCUGGCUCUACAAUCUCGAAUCUCUGACGUCUUCGCUGUCGACAUUCAUCCAGGUGCUAAACUCGGUAAGGGAAUACUAUUCGACCACGCAACAGGCGUUGUCGUCGGUGAGACCGCAGUUAUCGGCAACAAUGUUUCAAUUCUCCACCACGUGACGCUAGGAGGGACAGGCAAGGCUGGCGGUGACCGCCACCCGAAGAUCGGAGACGGUGUGUUGAUUGGUGCAGGCGCGACUAUUUUGGGCAAUGUAAGCAUUGGCACCGGAGCAAAGAUCGGGGCGGGAUCGGUGGUUUUGAUCAACGUGCCGCCACGAGCCACCGCGGUGGGGAAUCCAGCGAGGUUGGUUGAAGAGAAAGAGGGAUCGAAGGUCGAAGAAUGCCCGGGGACGUCUAUGGAUCAUACUUCAUUCAUAUCAGAUUGGUCUGAUUACACUAUAUGAGAUAGCAUGCCUUAAGAUUAAAUGGUACCUCAAGUUGUGUUCCAUUUUGAAAAUAUUGUAGUUUUAGUAAUAAGUUUGGGGGAUAAAUCAUAAAUGUAUCCUACCUUACAUUUUGUUCUAUUUUGAUUUAUUACUUUAUGCAGCCGUAAUCUUUUUUUUUC